UGUAGUCAUUACCAAUAUGAUUAAAGAAUUAUUAUUAUGCAUAAAAAGAGAAGAAGGCAGUGUUAUUAUUAAUCUCUCGUGGCGAAUAAUAGACUGAAAUGUGUGAGAGUCGUCAAAUUCCCGGUAUUAAUUUUUGCGAAACAGACAAUUUCAUUCACCCUAUUCCCCCUUUACUGUGAGUGAAAUGCAUUUCUGAGUGGAGUCAGCGACGAAUGGCACUCACUUGGUUUGGGCAUUACUACAAGUUUCCUCAACCGGUUCAUUACAUGCAUUCAUUGCAUAUCACCUCUGUUGUUUCUUGAUGAAGUAAAUCAUCAUUGACGAUUAGUUAUCAUCGAGUGACUUAUCUAUAAAGUAGUCAAUCCUUUUGAAAUACCUUUGUUAUCAGAGAUGGUGAUUGGGGCCCGUGAAAUAGUUUAAAAUACGGAAUAUACGUUAUAGAGCGCCUAGAUCAAAGGUUGAGGACACUCUUUUUUUUCCCUCUUUCACUCUGUUAACUCAGGCACAUCUACUUAAAGUCAGAUGUCCCGACAAUGUUGGAGUCAGUGCGAAAGGGAUAACGACACGCUGAACAUUGGUUAAUAUUAAUUAAUUGAGGGUUGGACUUUAUGCUGGUGAUUGGUGUAAUUGGAAAGUAAAGAAAACGAAGAAAUGAAAUAUAAUAAUUUAGUAUUCGUGCUGGUCCCUGUGGCAUUUUUAUUUGUAUGUUUAUAUGCCAGUGGAGAUUUUAUUGAGGAGAAUUGCAAGAAAAAUGCUAGCGACUGUAUUGACCAAUGGGUGUCAAAAAUAUCCCACGGAAUUAAUAGAGAAAGCGAAUUUGGUAAAAUGGAUAAUGAUCGAGUUAAUACUUCUCGAGAUUUAGCGGCGGAUGGGGAGAAUCAGGUCCCUUUGUUUUUAAAUCUGCCACUACUACCAAUUCUCUUUGCAUCUUCACCGACACUUCCGGAGGGAGAAUGCAAGAGACAUUCACUGAGAUAUCUUCGCGAGCUCAAAAAUGGUACCCUCUGGGCCUCAAGAAUGUUCGACUCGUCCGUUAAAUAUCCAGAGGGUAUAAUAGUGGGUCACACACGUCACUACGGAAAUUUCGACGAAUGUUACGAGUUGAAUGCUAAAAUUUCACGGCAAGAUCCUCAUCUGGAACCCGAGGAGAUUAGUGGCCGCUACUGUCUCAUUAAGAUUAAAUAUCGAAAGAUUAAUGCACCGCCCAGCCGACCCAGCCCCUUCACAUUGAAUUUCGAUCCUAAUGAGUCAGCUUGGGAGGCUGUCAAGGAAAAAGGUGAUUUUCGACGAGUAAAGAGAUACGAUUUGGAAUUGGCCCUGUGCGUGCCGUCAUCGUGCUCAGCGGAGGAUGUGGAUAAGGCAUUGAAGAUACCCUUGAGGAGAAUAGGAAAGGAGAAACAAGUUUUCAUUGAGACGAGCAUCAAAGGGAACACAUGCCAGUCUAAAAUUGAUUCACCGAAAUUUUCAACCUCCGCAAAGGUCUAUUGUUACAUAAUUGGGAGCCUCGUUGCUGUAGUAUGCUUGAGUACGUGGUAUGACAAUGCGAUGAAACAUGAAAAAUAUAGGUGCGAUGGAGGCCUUGCAACGGACUUGCUACUUUGUUUCUCAGCUAGAAGCAAUAUCAGAAGUAUCAUGGACGUCUCAUACUCCCAUCCUGGAUUAGAUAGCAUUCACUUUAUACGUUUUUUCUUCAUGUGCGCUGUUAUAUUCGGCCAUCGAUACAUGCAGUAUUACGCUAAUCCGAUGAUCAAUCCGGAGUACCUCGAACAUACAUACACCGUACCCUCCUCGAUACUCCUCUAUAAUGGACCAAUUAUUGUCGAUGGAUUCUUAGGUGUCGGAGGAUUACUAGCGGCUUAUUAUCUACUUAAAGAAUUGGAUACCAAGAGAAAAAUUAAUUUUUCUCUCAGUAUCAUUAUCCGAUACAUAAGAUUGACGCCAUCGUAUGCUGCAAUCAUAGGCUUUAUCGCCCUAAUACUACCUCACCUGAGCACCGGUCCCUACUGGUCCCACAAAAUUGGUUUAGAAAGUGAAGGUUGCGUUGAAAAUUGGUGGACCAAUCUCCUCUACAUCAAUAACUACGUUAAAACCGAUAAAAUGUGCAUGUUCCAAUCGUGGUACGUGGCUGUCGACUAUCACCUGUACAUAAUUGCGCUAUUCGCUGUUUACUUUUUUUGGAAAUUACCGAGACGGCUGGGAUACCCUUUCCUUGUCGCUGUAAUCAUUGCCGGUUGUAUUAUAUCUUUCUGUGUAUCGUAUAUGUACAGCGUUCAGCCCAUGUGGUUGGGAUUACCUUUCAUGCACGAGGUGAGAGAAGAUCCGUACUUCACCGAGCAUUAUGUAAAAACCCAUGAGCGUAUUGCAGCCUAUUUUGUUGGUGUCGUUGCCGGUGCAAUUAUUUAUGACCACGGCCGAUCUCCCUGGAGACUGUCUCAACCAUGGUCAAGUACCUUGUUCAUGCUAGUGGUUCUAGUAUUGGGAGUGACAUCGCAAAAUUUGGGUCACAAAUACUACGAUCCUAAUGUCAAGGUAUCUGCACUUGAAAGUGCACUUUAUUCGUCUCUGCACAGACCUGCAUUUGCCGUUUCUGUGGUCGCUAUUGUCAUCUUGUUGACUGUUGGUGAAGGAUUGGAUUUUCAUCACAGUUUUUUCAAAGGCCGCUGGGUACAGCCUCUAGCAAGACUAACAUACGGUGCAUACUUACUUCACAACAUCAAUCAGUGCUACGAUGUUGGUGUCAUCAGACAAGCCAGAACAUUUUCACUUCACAAUUGUUUUUGGGAUUUUGUGCCUGACGUAGUGCUGACUUUUACUCUCUCUUUGAUAGUGGCAUUAGUCAUAGAGGGACCGUUUAGAAAAAUUGAAAAAAUAUUCAUCAGCAGGAGAAUAUCAAAGAAGCUGUCCCCUUCUGGAUUUUUCACGAAUAUCCCGCCAGCCCAGGAAAAAAUCGCCUAGUCCAAAUAUUGAAGAUUCUUGUAGUUUUGUUGUAAAUAUUGUUUCUCC